AUGGACAUGAGAGAAAUAAUGAAAUCCCUUCAAUCUCAUUUCACCCCUUCCACCAAUCAAGCUAUCAGCGCAUUCGAACAGUCCCUACCUAGGGAUACAUAUCAAGCAUUUUCCCUUGGUGAAGAUCCCUUGACAUUUGUGCUCUUAGCCGAACCCAAACCAGCUGAUAUUCGGGGAUUAACAUUCCACAUACCUGAACGUACUGUACAUUAG